AUGUCUAGGGAUCCCAGAGGUGCUGCUCCCCCUCCUUCUGCUGGUGGUGCGGGAUACGAUAAUCGUACGGCUGCUAAGGCUCGGAUUCCAAAGGCUCAUCAAGACUGGAAAAUCCCUGAACAGUAUGAGAUUCGGCAGCUGAUCGGUACUGGCAGUUACGGGCACGUUUGUGAGGCUUAUGAUAAAUACAACCAGAGAAUUGUUGCUAUCAAGAAAAUUCACAGAGUAUUCGAAGACCUUAUCGACUGCAAAAGGAUCCUUAGGGAGAUCGCUAUACUCAAUAGGUUGGACCAUGAUCAUAUAAUAAAAAUGUUGGAUAUCUGCCCACCUGAUGAUCUCGAACAUUUUGAUGAACUCUACAUUGUUCUCGAGAUUGCCGAUAGUGAUUUCAAGAAGCUGUUCCGUACGCCGGUAUUCUUGACUGAACUUCACAUCAAGACUUUGCUAUAUAAUCUUCUGGUCGGAGUCAAGUACCUUCAUUCGGCUGGGAUACUUCACAGAGAUUUGAAACCUGCAAAUUGUCUAGUCAACCAGGACUGUUCGGUGAAGAUCUGCGACUUUGGAUUAUCGAGGGCUAUAGGGAUGGAAAAACAGCUGCACUUACAGCAGUUGCCUAAUACCCCAAGAGAGAUCGAUGCUGAGGACGGAACUGCUGGGGCUGCAUCGUCGCUCGCUGCUGGCCCGAUUGUCCCUCACACCCAAAACCUCAAGAGACAGCUUACUGGUCAUGUCGUCACGAGAUGGUAUCGAGCACCGGAGCUGAUACUAUUAGAGGAGAACUAUGGUGAAGCAAUAGAUGUUUGGAGUGUUGGUUGUAUCUUUGCUGAACUCCUAGGUAUGAUGAAGGAAAACGUCGCGUUCCCAUCGGAUAGAGGUCCGCUCUUCCCCGGUAGUAGCUGCUUCCCACUUUCCCCUGAUCACAAACAUGCUACUGAUUACAAGUUUCAUACUCGGGGUAACCGAGAUCAGCUGAAUAUGAUUUUCAAUAUUUUGGGCACACCGUCUGAUGAGGAUAUCGAAGAACUAGAGAAAGAAGAUGCUAAGAGGUACAUUAGAUGCUUUACGCGUCGCGACGGAACUGGCAUCAGGGAUAAAUUUAGGGGUUCUUCUCCUGAGGCAUUGGACAUCCUAGACCGCAUGCUCGUUUUCAACCCUCGUAAACGUAUUACCGUCGACGAGUGUCUCGAGCAUCCGUUCUUUAAGGGUAUUCGAGGAAUCGAGACCAUCGCGAAAGAUGAGGUCUUCCUUCAAUUCGAGCUCGAACCUGAGUUAGAUGAGAUGCAGCUUCGAAAAUACUUCGUCAUGGAGAUGCAAAAGUUCCACCCGGAUGUACGAUGUGACGAGGUUGUGGUAUUGGGUUAUAUCUGGUGGCGUAGGUUCCAAUGCCGGCUCGAUUCCAACGCAUCUAGAUUCGUUGGCCAUGUUGAUGAUGGAGGCGAUUAUUGA